AUGUGCAGAAAAAAUGAAGUACUGAGCCUCCGGUGGAAGAAUCUCCCCCAAAGCCUCACGCGACCGAGAACUGCCGACCCUAGUGUGUCCUAUGGCGUCCACAAGCUGGAAGGACGGAAGACAGACUGGAAUGGCAACGAUUACAUUUUCCCAGCACUGUCCAAGAUAUUGAAGAGUAUGUCUGGGCAGGCAUUCAUUACCUUGCUCAACUCAGCUGUACGAGAUCUAAAUCGUAAUGGAGUGUCAACGCGUGGGUACAUUCGACAGCAAUGGCGCGAUAUAUGCUUUACUUUUCACACUAUCCGUCGCGCUGGUGUGCAGUACAAAUUUAUGUUUGCGCCACCAGAAGGACUGUGGUCACUGCGGAUGGUGAAGUGGUGGGCCGGAUGGACACAAAAUGAGUCGGCGGAGACUCUAGUGCGUUAUUUACUUGACCAAGCCGCUACGGACGAAGACACCCAGCUGGCGGACUGCGUAGCCCCUGAUCGUGAUGCGCAUGUAGGCUACUGGAAAGACAUGUACAAAAUGUAUUCAAAUGCUGACGCAGCUCGCCACUUAUUCAAGCCUGUCAGUACAUGGACAACGGUGGAGAGAAAGAAAAGUGGUGCUUUACCUAGUCGCCUGAGUGCAGGUUCGAUCGUGAACGUUCUCACAAUUGAUACGCUAGCCAGAUGCAUUCGCCUUGACAAAAAAAAACGGGUCGUAAAAUCUAAGGACGCUUAUCUGUAG